CCACGACCACGACCAUGUCGCUCAAUAGCGUCGUGAACAAUCUCGUACGAGCGGCCGCUGGUAUACCCCAAGAUAUCUCAGAUUCAGACCUCGACGCUCAUGUUGCCAAGCUGUUGGCUGAGGAAGCCAAAAACAAGGAGAAAAGCUGGUCCGAAUUGGGUCUGUCAGGCUUGUUAAGAGAAGGAGGCAAGGACUCGCCCGAUCCAAAUGCUCCGAAGCCUAACAAACGAUUCCUGGCGAGUGUGAUAAGGACGGUUGACGGUCACAAUUCCGCUCUAUUACGUGCCCAAGCGGCCGCCGCUCGCGAUGCUCGAGUGUCACGAGGGGACUCCAGUGGCGCUGGUUCCAGUCGGCUUUUCGGUGGAGCCAUGAGGAGCGUAGGAAGAAAUGAUCGACUGGCGAGAGAAAAACGCCGGGAUGUGGAUGAUAGAGUGUACCGAGAACGAGAGGAGAGAGAGAAGGAAAGUAGGAGAAGGUACGAUACGAGGGAUCAUAUCAAUCGGGGGGAGAGAUCUAGAAGGGAUGACUUGGAUGAGGAGGAGUAUUUGAAUCGUAGAGAGUCUAGACGAAGAGAGGAGGACAGACGAUCGAGGCAUCGGAAAAGGCGAGAGGAGGAAGAUGAAGAGGCCUACUUCAAUGAUGAUGAGAAGCGAGGAGGCAGGGAAGAAGAUGAGAGAUAUAGAAAGAUCAGGAAGGAGCAGCAGGAUAGAGGGGAUCAUUGGACUGAGCGACUCAAGGAACGUUACAGAGAGCGGGAUGAGGAGCCUUGGUCACCUGGAAAGGACAGAUCUAGGCGCAAGGAGAGAAACGAGUCUCGGUCGCCGCGGAAGGAGAAGAGGUCGCCAUCGCCACGAAAGGAGGAGUCACGACGGAGAGAUUCGGAUGGUGAAGAGGAAACGUUGAACGAGUCUGUAUCGAGAGCGAAGACAUCUCGAGUCAAGGGAAAAUCACCCAUUCGGACUGUCCAAGAUGCUGGAUUAUUUGCUGGCUCAUCAUCGCCUCCUAGCAACCUCUCAAAAAUGGACAAAUACUUUCACACCAGCUAUGAUCCUCGCUUGGAUCUCGGAGAAGUCCCCAAGGAAGGUAUGGUGGCCGAGGUGGGUUGGGACAACAUGCUAGCAGUGUUGAAGGAACGCGGACAAAAGCGCCGACAUCAAUCUCCAACAUUGUCCGAUGACGGCUAUGCCAUUCCUAAGAAUGUCUCCCUUCGCAAAGACUCUCCAGAGAUCGACAUUCGCAAGCUUGAAAAAGCUGAAAAGAAGAAACGCAAAGAGGACAGGCGGAAACGUCGAGGAGACAGCGAUAGUGAUGACGAGAAAGACAAAAAGGCAAAGGCGACCACGGAGACCCCUGGUCUCUUUGACAUUCCUUACGUCAAGAAAGGGGGUGUAAGAGAAUGGGACGUUGGCAAGUGA